AUGCCUUUCUCAUACGGCAAUCAGGGAAACGGUGAAUAUGGCUGGAGGCGACACUGGGGGUUAAAACUAAAAUGGACACCAGAACAUCUCACGCCCGAAGACUUGGAGCCAUUGACCCAGACGUACGAUACUGUUGGCCAAGAUGCCGUCGAGAGGCUGGAUGAGAUAGCACCACCACCAUAUGCGUUGGCGCCACCCAAGGAUGGAAAUAUCGAGGGGGGAUUCAAGCCGGAUGGAGAGAAGAGACCACGUCGAGAUCUAUACGAGUUGGUACAGGAGCACGCAUCCACGGACGACAAGAUUGGGAGAUUUUGGACUGAAAUCAACACGAUACCGGAGUGGGUAGACUGGGAGCAAAUAGAAAGGGGUCAAAAGAUUUUCUUUCGGUACGGGGGUCCGGCUAUCACCAGUUUGACUUUCUUAUCGUUACUCGGCGGUAUGGGCAGCGGAAGAACAGUCGAGACUCUGGACCGCACAGGAGGCUUCGGAGUAAACGUCGUCCGCCGCCGGCUCCUCGAGACCACGCAGCAUACUCUGAACGUACACCGCGAUCUAGACUCCAUCAAGCCCGGCGGCGACGGUUUCGUAAACUCAGUUCGAGUGCGACUCCUGCACACGGCAGUGCGCCGGCGGAUCUUGCAUAUGGCGGAGCAGAGGCCCGACUACUACAACGUCGCCAAAUACGGCGCCCCCGUCAACGACCUCGACUGCAUCGGCACCAUCAACACCUUCUCGGCUACGGUGAUCUGGUUAGGCCUGCCGCGCCAGGGCAUCUGGCUGCGGCAGCAGGAGAUCCUCGACUACCUCGCGCUGUGGCGGUACGUCGCCUACCUCAUGGGCACACCCCACGACUGGAUGGCGACUCCUGAUUCCGCGAAACGCAUGAUGGAGUCGCUUCUAGUGUCGGAGAUCAGGCCAUCGAAGGCGUCGGCUAACCUGGCCAACAACAUCAUCACGGGGCUCGCAGGUCAGGCGCCGACGUUCGCCUCGCGGGAGUUCCUGUGCGCCGAGACGUACUGGCUUAACGGCAGCGAGCUCGCGAAGGCACUGGCGGUCGAGCGCCCGAGCUUGUAUUACUUCGCGCUUGUGCUGGGACAAAAUCUACUCUUCAUGACCCUGAGCUACAUUAACCGCAGUUUCACCUAUCUGGAUGAGCGGAAUAUCAAGUUCGUCCGCAGGGCCUUCUUCAAAGUCCUCCUGCACGACAAGUCCAUCGGCGGCCUGGGCUACACGACCAAGUUCAACUUCAAGCACAUACCGGAAUUCGAUAAGAUGUCGACCGAGCGGGGUCUCGCGCCGGCCGACUCGGGCGCCGUCCGGCGGCCCGGCAUCGAGCGCACCGCACUGCUGUCGCUGCUGUCGUUCUCGGCCCUGGCUGGCGUGGUGCUGUGGUGUGGCGUUAGGGCUGUGGCUGGGGUUGUGCGGUGGGUGUGGAGGUGA